AGUUGUUAGUUUCUUAUAUGAGAAAGUUCGUACAGUGGCUCUGAACGGAAAUUCGAAUUUUAUCGUGGAGUUUGUAUCCUUGUCUAAGUAACACAAACCCAUCAGGGUUAUUGAGCAACAGAAACCAAGAUACAUCUUUGCGACCAGAUUACGUUGUUUGAGAAGGUGAGUAGAUAAAGCAGACCCCUACAUACUAAAAGUGAUUUACAUUCGAAUGUCCUCCGAUUAAGCAUUUGACGCGACGAAAACAUGGAAGAAUACGACAACCGAAACGGUUUGAGUCACGACAGCGUGGUUGAUGUGGCCAGGCCCACACUCAACGGCGACCACGCGGCACCGAAGAACGCCGACGAUUCGUCCACCGUCGACACCGGACAGGAACCGGAAAUAACAGCGGCCACCAGCGUGAUGGAUGGGACAAACGGCUUGGCAGGAGACAACGAAGAUCAAAAUGGUGCUGAUUUGAAUCAGCUACAACCCCUCCCCUCCGAGCGAGACGAGUUCGAAAGUACGCGCAGCCAAUCGGAAUUGUCUGAUCAUGACGAGCAGAGGUCGUGUCUGGCUUUUGGCGAUCUGCCUAGCGACGACGACGACCUGACGAACAACACGCGGCGGCAAGGCGACUGGGAAGCAGAACAAGAUGAACUGGAAGAUGACCCUGGUGAAGAUGAACCACUAGUAGUGAGUCAUUUCGACUCUGUGGUACGAGAGGGAGCGCAAAUAAACACCCCAACACGACUGUGUUUUGUCUCGCAGCACGCGGAAAACCUGAGUUUUGCGGAAAGGUGCCGUUUAUUCAACGCGAAAGACGGGACGGUGCUGAGCUACCUGAGGAAGAAAGGUUACGUCACCGGAAGGAUUCCAGCGUUCACAGAGAUCCACAACGACAUAGUUCCUGGAGAAGGAGAGGCAGAUGAGACAAAAAAAACUUUCGUCCCCUACGAGGCCUUCGUCGAGUUCAAAACGAUGCUGUGCGAGGUGGUGGAGAAGAAACAAGGAAAAUGGCGCAGCCUGAAGACCCCCCACCCGAUUACCGGCGCGCCGGACCACGGACGUUUCGUGUGUCUCGUGGUUCCGUGGAUGGCGGACCCAGCGGUACUAGACCGCGAAUUCUUGGACGAUUUGAACCCCUGGUUGCUGACGUUGUUGCACCUCGACCCGAGAAAGCAAAAGCUCCGAACCUGCCGCGCCGAGAAGGUUGCCCGCCUGUUUCCCAGCAGCCAGGGUGUCGUACCGCCCCCGUACCCGCACAAAGGAUAUAACUCGGGGUACGGGAGGAUGAAGUGGCUGGUGAGUUGUACACAGGGAGUUGUCCAGCUGGACGCAAAUGACCAGCCGCCCCCUUCGCAGUGGCACGAGCGGGAGCAGUUUCUCAUGUUGAACAGUGGCGUCGAAAAUAAUGGGGAUCGCGAUCGCACCCCUCAUCUGUGGGCAGAGCGAACCAUUCCCUGGGUGUUCUUGCAGCCCGAGCAGUACGGACACGCCAAUAUCGGUGUUUCGCUGCAGGUCAGCCCGACGGAGACCGUCCUUGCCAGUUCGGUCGAGGUGUUGCAGAACGAGUUGUGUCAGGAGUUAAUUUCGACCGCUAUCAACCUACCGCAACCAGAAUGGCGCUACGCGCCAGACCGCGGUCUCGUACGGGAGCAGCGCACGGGGAUCGCUUUUCGACACAACUCGGGCGGUGACUCACUUGUUCCUCUGUCGUGUCUCACCCACUGCAUUUAUUUUGCGCCUAGCACCGUGGAGGUGGACGACGAGGGCAGCAACAACGGCGAAACAGAGUUGACGCAAACAUUACAAAAGGAACAAGCCAGCAGCAACCUCUCCAAGAAGAAGGAAAAAAAGAUGUUGAAGAAGAAGGCCGGAAAAAAUAAAGUGAAACAAGGCGAAGAUCAUGAUGUCAAUGUUACUACCGAGAUGUUGAACGACGACACGCAGAUGAACCACAAACCGUGGCUGACAACGCCCAUUGCUCUCGCGGACGACCCCUACCUAAAAGCGUUGCAAGAGGAGCACCGGGACAAGUUGGAAAUUUGUUGUGUGGCCACUUUAGCCGACGCGGCGCUGGACGAGUUUCGGGACUUGCGCAAGCGGGACAACAACUUUGUGGUCCAAGAUAUCGACAACCAGCACUUGGUCUACGCCGAGGGCGGCAGUACCAUCGAGCAGGUCUUGCAAUGUUGUAUUGAGCAUGAAAAGAAAACUAUCGAAAUCGAAGCUGUAAAUUCCCCCACUGCAGCUUGUACCGCCGUGACGUUCGACGAGGAGAGCACGCCUUCCCCCACCACGACGACGUCUAGUACUACAGCAUCCGUCUCAACACCGCCCCGACGAGAUGAUGUUGAGACCGAACCACAUUCUAGUAGAACUCCGAAGAUCGCCGUCCCGCCCACCGUUGUUCGGAGUAUGUUGAUGAAAAAAUGUCAGUUCAUCACGCACAUGGACAAAAUUUUGAAAAAAGCCGCGGAGCAGCAGAAAAACGGAAAAGUUUUCAGAUUGAAAGUCGUGAUCGCCACGACCGAGGUGUUGAAACUGAUCCUGGAAACGAAAACUCUCGGUCCCUGCACGGUGCUGGCGAUGGCGGAGAAACCGAAAAACGACGUGACUCCGUUUUUGAAUGGUCAGAUGAAAAAGGUACUCGUGCUGGACGGACUCACGAACGCGGACAACGUGGGUUCGCUCGUGCGCACCGCGAGCUGCUUCGGGAUCGAAGGGAUUUUGUUGUCCAAAAAUUGCUGCAAUUGCUGGUCCCGCCGCGCCAUCCGGGUCUGCAUGGGACACUGCUUCCGCAUCCCGAUCUUUCAGGAAACCGACGAGUGGCCCUUCGAAAAGCUGUUCAACACGCAGGACGACAUGAACCGCAAGCAAAAGGUGACCAAGUUUGCGGCCGUCGUGCAGAACCACACGCAGUGGCUGCACCAGGUCGACUUCGGGACGCAGCUCAGCGGGGGCUACUUUUUGGUGAUGGGCGCCGAAUACGACGGCGUGAGCGACCGAGUCCGCGGACUGUGCGACGUGCAGCUGAAGAUCCGCAUGGCGCCGGGGUGCGACUCCUUUAACGUGCACAAUGCUGCGAGUAUGAUCCUACACCAUUUCGAAACGGUGGGGCUGGAGGACGAGGAUGAACAGUGAGCGGGAAAUAAGUAAGUCGUAGUGGAGGUGCGGGAAAAUUAUAACCUGGGUUAAUCAAAUGACGAACUACGGCUCAAAACCGAGAAGAUUCAAGUCAUCGAAUAAAGAAGAAGAACUGCAUCUUCAACGGACUCUAAUCGAGGCGUCCGCUUUCAUCUUCACAUGAGAUUUUAUAAAAAGAAUUUGAAUUACGCUUACGCAUACGCAUGCCAUCUUGGUUG